AUGGGAUUGUUCAGGCCAGGUCGGGCAAGGUCCCUCCUCCUUGCCAUGAUGGCCAUGAUUUUAGUAUGCACGGUCUACCUCUAUUGGUCCCCGAUCAACGCAUCCUCCGCCGUCUCCGUGGUUCCAAGCACAGCCUUCGAAGUGCCCAUAUCAGAACGCCAGAAGGAUUUUUGGAAAGCCUUCCAUCCCAUACUAGAGCGCCAUAAUCCCAAUUGUCCAUCGCCGCAGAAAUUGGAAGAUGCGGGUGCGGGCCAUUUCGACCCCACGGUAGACAGCCCACGGCAGGAUAUCACAACAUUGGCAGAGGAAGAUCAGAAGAAAAUGGAGGAGGCACAUGCUAACUUUGUUGAAGAGAUAAGAGCGGCCGGAAAGGCCUUAGAGCCCGUCCACACAUCCGGGAAACGAGGCCUGGUCUCGACGGCUGGCUCGACGUACCUACCGGUUUUUGUCUCGUCCAUGCGGAUGCUCCGUCGGACUGGAUCCACAUUACCAGUGGAAGUAUUCAUGAAGGAUGCAGGUGAAUACGAAAAGCGCAUAUGUAAUGACGUGCUACCUGCCCUCAAUGCGAAGUGUUUGGUGUUGGGUGAUGUUGUAGGGAAAGAUAUCAUUGAGCAUUAUCAGCUCAAGAUCUUUGCUGUACUCUUUUCCUCAUUCGAAGAGAUUGUUUGGAUGGAUGCGGACUGCUUCCCUCUAGGAAAGCCCGAAGAUCUGCUGGACUCGGAGCCUUAUACCUCGUCUGGCUUAGUGACAUGGCCAGAUUUUUGGAGGUCCUCAGCAUCUCCUUUGUACUACAAGAUAUCUCGUCAAGAGGCGCCACCCAUCACAGCCCGCCAAUCAUCAGAGACGGGUGUCUUCUUGGUAUCGAAGAAGACCCAUUUCCUGCCACUUCUUCUUGCGGCCUAUUAUAACUACUAUGGCCCAUCUCACUACUUCAGGCUGUUGUCCCAGGGUGGACCGGGAGAAGGCGACAAGGAGACCUUCCUCCAAGCUGCCACGGCGAUGGAUGCGCCUUUCUAUGCCGUAAGUGAGCGAGUACAAGCCAUCGGUCACCAGUUGGGAGAAAGGCUGGCAGGCUCCGCCAUGGCCCAAUCGGACCCUCGAGAAGACUAUGCUCUGAUCUCGCAAGCUAAAUGGCGAGCUAAAGAUCCCAAUGUGGCACCACCGCCACAUGUCUUCUUCAUCCACGCAAACUAUCCUAAAUUCAACCCUGGCGACAAUGUGUUUGGAACAGCGUGGGAAACUACACCCACUUUGAAGGAAGAUGGCUCAGAUGGCCGUGCGUGGACAGCUCCUCCCGAAACAAUUCGGCGAUUCGGAUAUGAUAUCGAGAAGACUUAUUGGGAAGAGAUCAAGUUGGUCACAUGUCGUUAUGAAAGCCUAUUCAAGUCGUGGGAGCAUAAGGCUGGCCUUUGUCAGAAGGUGGAGGACUAUUGGGCUCAUGUCUUCGCUGAACCGCACGAUGAUGACCCAAAGUUCACCCUAGACGGUUGA